CACACUCGUUCUCUUUUCCACCACAACAGUUUAGGAAACUAGAGGGAAGAUGUCAUUAAACGGAGUACCCAACGGGCCCACAAACGGCAAUCAUUAUAGGGAAUUGAAUGAACAUUAUGCCGAGGAAUGCAGCCAGGAUGAUAUCGGAACUUUUCUUUUCACCUCUGAGUCUGUGGGAGAGGGUCAUCCUGACAAAAUUUGUGACCAAAUUAGUGAUGCUAUCUUAGAUGCCCAUCUCAGGCAAGAUCCAAAAGCUAUGGUAGCAUGCGAAACAGUCACCAAGACUGGCAUGGUUUUGGUUGCUGGAGAAAUAACAUCUAAAGCAAAUGUUGAUUAUCAAAAGGUUAUUAGGAACACAAUUAAACAAAUUGGAUAUGAUGAUUCUUCAAAGGGAUUUGACUACAAAACUUGUAAUGUUCUGAUUGCCCUGGAAGAACAAAGCCCAGACAUUGCCCAGGGUGUUCACCAAGACAGAGAUUCUGAUGAGAUUGGUGCAGGAGACCAGGGUCUGAUGUUUGGUUAUGCUACAGAUGAAACUGAGGAGUGCAUGCCAUUAACUGUUGUCUUGUCACAUCAGUUAAAUGCUAAAAUUGCAGAACUGAGACGCAGUGGUGUUCUAAAAUGGGCACGUCCAGAUUCAAAAACACAGGUGACUGUUGAAUAUAGAUAUAUAAAGGGAGCUGCAGUACCUCAGAGAGUGCACACGGUUGUCAUUUCUGUACAACAUGAUGAAGAGGUUACACUUGAACAAUUAAGAAAAGAUCUAAGUGAGAAAGUUAUUUCUGCAGUUAUUCCUUCACAGUAUCUAGAUGAAAAAACAGUUUUUCAUCUGCAGCCAUCUGGAAAAUUCAUAAUUGGCGGUCCACAGGGAGAUGCUGGACUUACAGGGCGCAAAAUUAUUGUUGACACUUAUGGUGGUUGGGGUGCUCAUGGAGGGGGUGCAUUUUCUGGUAAAGACUUCUCAAAGGUGGAUAGAUCUGCAGCCUAUGCUUGCCGAUGGGUGGCUAAAUCUCUGGUGAAGGCUGGACUUUGCAAGCGGGUUCUUGUGCAGGUUUCAUAUGCCAUUGGCAUUGCAGAGCCACUGUCCAUAACAGUAUUCAGUUAUGGCACAUCUCAGAAGUCUGAAAGAGAAUUGUUGGAAAUUGUGAAGAAGAACUUUGAUCUGCGUCCUGGCGUUAUUGUAAAGGAUCUCAAUCUCCGUCAACCUAUCUAUCAAAACACAGCUUGCUAUGGGCAUUUUGGCCGCAAAGAAUUCACAUGGGAACAGCCUAAAGAACUGAAAUUUUAACAUUUUCAUGUCUUUUGUUGUGGGAUUUUUAUAAUAAGUGUGCUUCUAAUAGAAUUUUAUAUCUUCUAUUUCAAUAGGUGAUACAAUUUUAACAUUGGUAUAUCUUUACUGUUAUAAUGAAUUGAGAUAGUAAGUUUUUUUUUUUGUUGUUUUUUUUUCUUUUCAAUUUUUGCUUAUGUUAGUCAUGUGAAAUAUUGUCUUCAAAGUUUCAUGUUUAGUAAAAUGUUUCAGCAAAUCAUUCCUUUUUGAAUUAUAUUCAUUCUUAAACUUUUGGCAUAAUUUUAUUUUUAUGAAACUUCUGCCAGUAUUUUUUUUUUUUGUACUCAUAAAGCAUUUGAACUAUGUAGACCAGACUUGGGAUUUCGGGGCUUUUUGCCCUGUAGGCCACAGUAAUUAGAAGGAUAGGCUGAUGUGGACGACAAUGUUUUUGGAACAUUUGUAUUUUGACUAAAAUAUUAUUUUUUUUAAAUAGGAAAAAAGUUUUGUUGUCUGCCUUGGCUUUGUUGCUGCCUUCUAGUUAUUGCAAAUGUGUGAACUUAGUUUUUACUUUUCAUAUUGACCUUUAGCACAUUUGUCUUGUGUUUAUAAACAUUCAUGGAAAAGAGCACUAUUUAUAAACACUCGGGCCUACAUCCCAAUGACUCAACUACAUUUUUUAAUGUGUGGGUUUAUUUUAAAGUACAUUUAGGGUUUGUUGUUUAUGAUAUAUUAUAUAAAUAUAUAUAUAUUGUAUUCAUAUUAAUGUACUUGUUUAUAAUGUACUUCUUGAGCACACUAAAUUGUCUAGACCAGUUGUUUUUUUCCUAAUUCAUUAGAUGUCUAAGAUUUGUAUUUACUAAAACACAUACUUAACACUGUGUGAUCUGAGAGAUUGUUUUAUACAAAGUGUAUGAAUGAGAUGAGCUUCAUGUGGAGCAAUGAAAUAAAGACAUGACAAUUACAA